AUGGACCCUGCAGCACUGAACACCAUGAUGGAGGCUCAGGCACGGAGGCAUGAAGAGACCUUUGCAGCGGUGAUGGAGAGGAUGAAUGCCAUGUUCCUCGCGGCUAACCAGAGGAGGGAACCGGUGGCCGAACCAGCAGUAGCGCCUCCGAAACCUAAAGUGGUGAAGAUGUCGCUGGAGGAUGAUCCCGAGGCCUAUUUAACAUCCUUUGAAAGGCAGGCGACAGCAGCCCUAUGGCCUCGGGAGUGGUGGGCUACCCAGCUGGGACCCAAUCUGAUCGGGGAAGCCCAGGCAGCCUACCACGCUUUAACCCAUGAACAAGCCAUGGAUUAUGAUCUUGUAAAGAAAGCCAUCCUUCAGCGACUGGACAUCACGGAGGAGACGCACCGCCGCCGGUUCCGGGAGUACCAACGCCCAGAAGGAGUCCGACCCCGAGUAAUGGCCCAGCAGUUGGUGGACCAGGUGACCCGGUGGCUCUGCCCUGGUGAAAGCACAGCAGAGGAGGUGGCUGAGAUUGUCACCAUUGAACAAUUUAUACAGUUGCUGGGGCCAGAAGCCAGUAAUUGGGUCAGCCGGCACCGGCCCACCACGCUGGACGCCGCGGUCAGGUUGGCUGAGGGGUACGAGGACUCUAUGCCCACACCGCUGCCCACCCCGAUACAUCCCACGCCGACCUUCAUCAGACCCAGGAUGGCGGGCCCAAGGCCGGGGCCCCUUCACCCACACACACCCUUCACGUCUGGACCAGCACCCUCACGUUCCCCAACGGGUGGCCUCGCUCCACAACACUGGAGGCCGAGGUCAACCCCCAGCUGGGGUAGAACAGGGGCCCACUCCCCGCUGUCAGGUCGGCAGCGGGACAAUCAGGCUCCGUGGGCGCCUCUCCCUCUGGAAUGUUACCGGUGCCAUGGGGUCGGCCACCUUGCCCGGAAUUGCCCCUCAGCAAUGGAGUGUGGUGCGGCUUCGCAUUAUUUGGUACCGGCGACAGAGGAGGAGUGAGAGUCGGGAGCUGCAGCCGCGGAGCCAGCAUUAGACCCGGAGCACGUCCCUCACAGCACAACACAGCACAGCACCAGCACUCACCACGACCCCGGAAGAAAGAGCACAGUUUCGUGCACGGAGGAUUGUGGUUCAGGAGUGUCAUUCUUUUUGUUAUUAAGGACUGUAAACCUGCCGUGUUCCCCCCGAUACCAUCGCUGGCAAAAGGGGGGGGGUUAUUAUUAUUAUUUAUUAUAAUUAUUGAAAUUAAAAACACAGACGUUUUUGGGAGAACUCUGGUCUGGACAUUGCCUUUAUUAUCACCACUCACAUCCUGUUCACACAGCCUGUCUCGAAUUCAAUCAAAUCCCUCAAUACACGCCUCACUGCUCUUGAAACUCGUCCUGACAAGACUCUUCCUCUUAUUACAACAGCUUCUACAUCUUCUGUCAUUGAAGUAAU